CUCUCCUGUACUCACCACCAUGCCCGACGCAGUCCUCGAUGCAGGCGCCUUCCCACACCUCCUCGACGCGGUGAUUGCGCACGCGCCGGCGCCCUCGCUUCUUGCACUCCGCGCUGCCUCACGACAUUGCAAGGCGCGCGCCGAUGCGCGCCUCGCGGCCCACCUAGUCGUCGAAGACCGGGGCAUGGGCGGCCGGUGGUUCGCGGCGUGGCACGCGGCGCUCAACCCUUCCAUGCGCGCCCGCCCCGACCCAAGCAGCCUGUUCGCGGCAAGCUUCAACGCCUACGCAGUCUACACGCAUGCGGGGCGAAUGCGGGUGCUCGGGGCCCCCCCAACCGACACAUACUACAACUGGAUGCAGUUCGCGCGCCCACACGGCCCCUUCGUGCCCGGCGCGCGCGCAUACUUCCCCCUCGUGCGCGUGCUCGAUCUGCACGGCGACGUCGGCGCGGUGUCGGAUACACAACCGUUCACGCACGAGGUGGAGCUCACGCGCCUCAUGCCCGGCCUCAGCGGGGAGAUGGACGAGCUCCCGCCGCCAACGCGUACCCUCGCCCUCUUCCCGGCGCCGGGCGAGAUGGCGCCGCACCACAUCUUGGACGUGAAGACGGUGUGUCGGCGUGUGGUCGUCAACGUGGCGUGGCACGAGGCACCGGGGCUCGUGCGCUUGCGCUUGCGCGACCUCGAGGGCGUGCGCGAAGUCGUGAUCUCGUUCGCGGGCUGGCGCGCCAUGCCGGACGCGCGUGCAGAAGGGCGCGGAGAGCAGGAGGGGCACGCGACCCUCCUCCACGGCCCGGAGGAGUUCACGCCCGCCUACUUCCAGCCAUCGGACGAGCCGGAGGACGAGGACGAAGAGACGCUGCCGUGGAAGCGUCUCGGGCCGCGCGAGAGCGACAACCUGCGGUGGCAGGAGUUGGCGUUCCUUGUCGCGCUAAGCCUGUCAUGCGGCGCACGAGUGACGGUCGUUGACCUCGACCGCGUCGACCCGGCCUGGCUCGACCCGGACUUCGCGCCGGGCUCGCUGCGCCCGACGGAUCCCACGCCGCUCACGCCCACGCCGCAGGCGUCUGCCCCGCCCACACCACAGGCGCCGGCACAGGCCGCCGGCCCCGACCUCGCCGCCGCGCACGCCAGUACCCUCCGCGACCUUAAGGCGACACUGCGCGGGCUGCGGAGCGCUCGCCGCCAGAGCCCCAGCUUUUGGCUCGUCAACGGCCUCAGGGUGUACGGGUUGUGCACGGUCGUUAUGCCGCCCUCCACGAGAGGCGUGCGCUUCCUCUCGAGCGCACAGUACGUCGCCGAGGCCGACCCACUCGAAAUCGACGCAGGGGCGUUCGCGCUGUAGCUGCGCUUCCACACAUGUACGCUGGUCUACUGCACCGAGUGGGCUGUGGUGGGGUCCACCUUUUUGCUUGCCCGUCCUUAGUGUCGACCGCGUGGUCCCGCGGAGCAUGUUGGUGGACUGUCAGACCUCACAUCGACUAACGGCCGCUUACCGCUGCCGAGCGCAUGCACUGCAACUACAUGUACUCGCUAAUGUCCAUCUCCAGCUGCCACUGCUUUUUGCUGAGGAGUAGUUUGUGCUCUUCACGAGUUCGGAAUUGGAACAAAUCGCGGGGCAGAGGCACAUUCGUGCCCGCGGCAACGAAGCGGAUCGCCUGGGGUUCAUCCGCCACGACGGUGAGGGUGAACUUGGGGCGACCCUGGGCGUUGCCUCGAAGAACAAU